CCCUUUAAAGCAACACUGGGUUCCUCCGGGCAACUGCUCAGGGCAGACGCCAUGGCCAUGGCUCUCAGACGCUGCUGCUUCUACUGGUUACUGGUUGGCUGGCUGGUGGCUCCUGUGGCAGAAGGACAAGAAGCAGUUGUCACCCCUCCUGGAGGCUCACAAAAUGACGGAGACCCUACAGACUGCCAGAUAUUUACACUCACCCCUCCACCCACCACAAGAAGUCCAGUCACAAGGGUCCAGUUCAUCCCAAGAACAACUAAGUGUCCCUUCCACUUUUUUCCACCAAGAAGGCCCAGAAUCUACUUCCCGUUUCCAAACAGACCUUUCUUCCCUCCGAAGUACAACCACCAUUAUCCGUUCCGGCCAUUUUAUUGGCCACGCGUUGGCCUUCCUCCUCGUAAAUGCUUUCGCAGAAGAAAAUUCCUGAGAGGAAGCUCGUCUGAGAGCAGAGAAGGUUGAGAAGCCCAAAUGCACUGAAACCAAAGAAGCCAACGCCUCAGAAAAGACAAUGAAAAUAUUUGUUUUCUCUUUUCAGACUACAACUAUUGGAUGUGAAGAUUAAGAAUCCUAAAGACAAUUGGCUAGAAGUUGUUUUACUUGCCACUGGUGAUGACACUAGAUUAUAGUUUAUUCAUGCUUGCAAAACAGGGCAAUAACCACAUUAUUCUUGUCCCCAACUUUUUAUGGUCAGAGGAUAUUUAUGCAAAUAAAAUCUUAAAAUUGAUGAUUCUAAUAAUUCCUAUCCAUCCUGAGAUAUCAGAAAAAUGAACUCCUUCUUCUGAAUUAAAGAACUUUUGUUUAUAGAGAGAUUUUUGCUACAGGGUGUAUGCACUCGCU